AUGCCUCUGGUGAGGUUUCAGGUGAGGAACGAGUACAGCCUGGGCCAGCCCCAGCUGUACAAAGAGGUGAACAGAGAAGAUCCCAAAGCUGUGCUCGAUGGGGUGGCCGUUGCUGGCCUCGUUGGGAUCUUGCGCCAAUUGGGCGAUCUUGCUGAGUUUGCAGCGGAAGUUUUUCAUGGCUUGCAAGAGCAAGUGAUGACUACAGCUUCUAGAAGCCAAAAACUGAUGGUUCGUGUGCAACACAUUGAAGCUGCACUUCCUCCCCUUGAGAAGGCUGUACUUGCUCAAACAAGCCACAUACAUUUUGCUUACACCUCUGGUUUAGAGUGGCAUCCUCGUAUUCGAAAUGAGAAAAAUCAUUUCAUCCACAAUGACUUGCCGCGUUUUAUUAUGGAUUCAUAUGAAGAAUGUCAGGAUCCCCCACGUUUGCACUUGCUUGACAAGUUUGAUACUGGCGGCCCAGGAUCUUGUUUAAAGAGAUACUCAGAUCCAACCUUUUUCAAAAAAGCAUCAGCUAACCCUGAUGAAGCAAAUGUUGAACAAGUCCGAAGAUCUAGGAAGGGUCAAAGAAGCAAGAAGAAAAGAGGAUCACAACGAAAUGGAGAUGUUUUACGUGGUGCAUCAGUAUCAAAUCGCAGCAGCAGAAUGCAAUAUAUUCCUCCUAUCGCAAAUGGGCGAAGCUCGUCUUCUCCAACUGCUUCCACAGCCGACAUGGCAUUAAAAUCUGACCUGGGGGACAAUUCCAUUUCUUUUGAUUCAAAAACUGAGUCAGAAUAUAUUGAGUAUGCUGCCCAUCCAAGUUCCUCCCUACAAGCUGAAGAACAAGAAUCCAAGGAAUCGCCUUCUUCUAAAUUGGUGCAAAAUGACGCUCUUAAUUCUGUUUUGCCUGAUGAUCAAACUGGAUUUGUAGAUAACUCUCCUGGAAGUUCAUUACAGGACCAAGUUACCUCUGGUUCAUCUGGUGUUAACUGGGAUGAGAAGGUAGAAAUAGUGGAUCCUAAAGGUCAACAGAAUUGUAUAGAUGAAACUACAGAGAUGCUCCUGACAAAGGAUGACAUGGAUGCAAAUGAAGGGGGAGCUGGUAGCUUUAGAAUUGUUGAGCAAAUGGAUGUCCUCUUUGAUGAUGAAAACAUUCUGGAACCAAGCAGGAACCAGAUUGAUGAAAUUGAAAGUGAACCAGACAAUUUCAUGGAUGCACUUAACACCAUUGAAUCAGAAUCUGAAAACGAUCUUGAUUGUCAAACCAAACGAGAAGUGGAGCAUUUUGCUUCUGUUGUCGACAAUAAAGGACCAGAUGGAGUGCAUGAGAUUACCAUGGAUUGUUCGGAUCAUCAAACUCCAACUUUAGAAUCUCAUACUGCAACAUCUUACGUUUCCUCGGAAGAAGAAACGCCGACAGAUCUAUCGAACUCAACCUCACCAGAGUGUCCUGCCCAUAAACAGAUUCCUCAAAUAGCUACAGAACUGUCUAAUUCAGAUCACAUUGUAGAAACAAAUAGGACUGACAUUUUUGAUUGUUUAAGGUUAGAAUCUGUUAGUAGUGAUUCCACAUCCUCUGGCUCCGGAACUACUAAUGCGCAGGAUAAGACCAUAAGCAGUUUGUGUGAGGCUCAACAAUCUCCUGCUGACGUUUCCAGGAAUAAUUCAACAUCCUUUGGCUCUGGAACUACUAAUGAGCAGGAUAAUCUCAUAAGCAGUUUAUGUGAGGCUCAAGAAUCUCCUGCUGACAUUUCCAGGAAUAAUACAACAUCCUUUGGCUCUGGAACUACUAAUGAGCAGGAUAAGAUCAUAAGCAGUUUAUGUGAGGCUCAAGAAUCUCCUGCUGACAUUUCCAGGAAUAAUACAACAUCCUUUGGCUCUGGAACUACUAAUGAGCAGGAUAAGAUCAUAAGCAGUUUAUGUGAGGCUCAAGAAUCUCCUGCUGACAUUUCCAGGAAUAAUAUAACAUCCUGUGGCUCUGGAAUUUCUAAUGCGAAGGAUAAGAUCAUAAGCAGUUUAUGCAAGUCUCAAGAAUCUCUUGGUGACAUUUCCAGGAAUAAUUCAACAUCCUGUGGUUCUGGAACUGCUAAUGCGAAGGAUAAGAUCAUAAGCGGUUUAUGCGAGUUUCAAGAAUCUCUUGCUGACAUUUCCAGGACUAAUUCAAUAAAUUUCUGGACUAAUGGAGGCCUGUUAGGACUUCAGCCAUCAAAGCCUCCUGAUUUUACCAUGUCAAGUCCUGUAACUCAAGAUUCUGCUUACAAAAGCACUGAGACAGUUGGUGUCCCAAAUCAUGCUUACACGCUUAUAGUUGAUGAUCAUGAAGCUGAGAAUGCUGGCUGCAAGGAAAUAAGCUCUGAUUAUCAAGAAGAUGGUAUCUCUCCCAAGGAAAUAUCCAAGGGAUUUUCACCCGCUGAAUUGUAUCCAAAGCUUGGAAAUAUUGGUGACUCUCUUAAGAGUAAUGCAUUUAGCCAUUGCAUGGAGGAUGGUUCGAAAAAAACCAAUACGACGGAACCUGGAACUCUGUUGCCAGUUGCUCCAUGUGGUAAAUCCACUUCCAAUGAAGCGAGUCAGGAGAAUGAUGAAAACUCUUCUCUGGUUUUUGGGCUUGGCCGUAGGUUACUUGUGAAUGGUUUUGGUAGAAAAGUUCCACAUUCACAUGAUGACAAAUCUGAGCCUGCUAGUUAUUCAAAUGCUGGUGUAUUGGACCAGAGAAAUGAGCACCACAGAGUAGAGCACCAAGCAUUUCCCGACACAUACUUCAAGGAGAAAUUUGAGCAUGGAUUUGCUGUUGAAUCACCUCCUUCUUCACCACCACUUGAACAUAUGAAAAUAUCUUUCCAUCCCAUGAAUGGCAUUGAAACUUCCAUACUCAAAUUGAAAUUAUCUGAUGGGAGUCAAAGCCAUGGAAGUGUAAAAGACAUGUUUCAGUCAUUUCAGUUGGUCCCAGAGCCUUCUAUUCCUCUGCAUGAAUUUGGUUCUGAUUCUGAUGAUGACACAUUCUGUAGAUCAUCUCCAAAUAUAUCAGAUGAUUGUCUUAGCCAUCUCUCUGAGUCGAAUUCUGAACAAUGGGAAUCUAGUGAAACUCUAGAAUGCAAGAACCAUGACCUAUACGAUGCUUUGUGUGGAAUCUCAUCAGCCGAACGUAUAUCCACCUCUCUGGAAAUAGGGGGAAUAUCCCACAAUGCCAUUUAUGGAGAUGGUGGAAUUCAAAGUGUGCACACUGAUAAUGGUCUGGAACAUUCUCUCUCUGAUCCUUUACUUGAUCUUCCAAGUUUAGAUGCUUUGGAACCCGUACUUCAGCAAGAAGCAAAAGAUGAUUCAGUUCCUAAGGAUCUUCAUGGUUUGAAAUGUUCGGGGGAUUCUACACCAGGACCACCACCUCUCCCUCCAGUGGAAUGGCGUGUUUCAAAACCUACCUUAAAUGUAACAGACGAAAAACAAGAUGUAUCUGAAGGUUUUAAACACGUAUUCGACACAGAGAUUUUGGGGUCCAUCACCCUCCAGCAACCUAAGCCAGCCCCAGCACAGCAACAACAAAUAAACGAGGAGUCCAUUUCUAUUAAAUGCAAGGACCAGCACGUGAAUGGGCAGAAAGAAGCUGAUCAGGCUCUAAAUGGCAAAGGGAUAGACGAAAAGGAAGAUUUUCUACAACAAAUCAGAGCAAAGUCAUUCAACCUGAGACGCACAGUACCAGCAAAGCCAAUCAUCACACCGGUACCUGCUACCAACGUCAAAGUAACUGCAAUUUUGGAGAAAGCCAAUGCCAUUCGCCAGGCUGUUGGGAGUGAAGGGGAAGACGACGAUACAUGGAGUGAUGCUUGA